UUGCGAAAGCAAUGUAAGCAAAAUCCAGAGGAACCGGUAUUUAUGAUUAGAGUGAUUUCUCCCAUCAAGAUUUUCGAUGAUAAUUCCGAGGGAGGAGGAGCCAAUUUAUUAGUCAGCUGGUCAGGGGUCGCGGUUGAUAAGCGCUGAUAAUGGCAACCUUUCGCACAGCGUACUAACAAUAAAAACCGGUCAGUUCUUACGGUGAUUCGUAUCGCGCGACAACGCGCAUUGCUCGUUCUCCAAAGUAUAUUUACAUCCGUACGAUAUUAUAGUGUUUUGAAGAAUAUCCAACGUUGAAACGAGAAUUGCGUAAUUUUUCCAGACGCAUCCUCGCAAUGCGAUAGUAUGAACGAGAACGAUCGCCCGAUCGGGAAAUAUGGACACGUAUUCAACAUGGAACCGUCGUCGAAGUUCGAGCCGACGACGGCGGCGGUGGCAGAGGUGCAUCGCCACGCUACCGGCGAGGCGAUGACGGAGCUGGGUGAAGUGAAGGUGACCUUGCCGGGUAGCAGCAUCGCGACGUCAACGCCACACACCAGCGGUGGCGAGCCGGCGCCCUGCAAGAACGGCGGCUGCAAGGUCUGGAGGAGUAACCGCAACGGCGAGCAGCACUCCGAGAGUCCUUGGCACUCCCUCAAGACAAUCUUCCUCGUCUCCGUCAUCGUGGCGUUCCUUCUUUGGGUCAUAGUCUACACCCUGCUGAACCAGUAUCAAAUCCUGUGAUCGUGAUGUGUUCUUCGUGCCACUGUUUAUAAUUGAUCGAUCAUUAAUCGAUCAAUAAUCGAUAUUUAAUCGAUAAUUAAGGAUUAAUCGAUAAUCAAAAAUUGAUCGAUACUCGAAGUGCAAAAAUAUUUGAUUUACAUGAUGAAGUUUAGGACGAAGUCCUAAUCCUGCUCUAUAAUGAUUUUUCGUUGGAUUCUGUAAUCUUUAUAUGAUUUUGUAUGCGCGAUUAACGCGAUUUUAUAUCGAUCUGUGCGACUUCCACAGCGUUCUCCAUAUAAUCACGAUCGUAAUUCUUGGAUCCUACGAUACGCAGCGACAAAUUUUCUAAGCAGGAUAAACGUGCCAACAAUUUUCGAUCGUAAGAGAUCUAUUAUAAAUAUGUCGAAUACUUUUGAUCUUAUAAUAUAUGAUUUAUAUCGUGCCGAUUUAUCUGACGAAAUCGAUCUGUAUAAAACACAAAGAUUUGAGACAAACAGUCGAAAGUUUAAGGGCGAGGAUUUCCGGGAAAUCCCUUAAGUUUUCGUAAUUAAGUUUGUAAUUAAUAUUGUAUAUUUCGUACCAUUUUAUAAACGCUUUUUUGUGACGUCUGUAAAUAUAUUCGAAUAAAAUACGACGUUAUAUUAUUA